CCCCCCCUACCUGGAAAUCUCGGACGAGUUUACUGGUUAAAGGCGGCCCGUCAUGCUGCCUUUGCCCUCGGCCGGCCUUAGCAACGUACCGCCCCCAUCUACGGCCGCGUCCACGGGCCCAACCAGCACCACUAGCACCACUACCUCAGCUCCUCUCGUACCUGGUCCAGGCCCUGCAGCGACAGGGGCGUCACUGAAGCGACCUGCUGCAGCCGACCUGCAGCACACUGCCGGCGCAAGCGUCAUUCCUUCAAAAAGGCAGGCUACAUCCAUUACCAGAACGAACCCCAUCCCGAAUCCGAGUCUCUUGGCUGCUGCUCCCAUCAUCGCUCCUUCAUAUUCAGCUUCGGCUCCUCCGACUACGACAGCAACCCUAUUCUAUCGUCAACCUCAAGCUGCCAUGUCCGUACCUACUAUGGUUACAGAGGAACAGCUACUGGGUAGGACCCCCGAGCAAUUAAUCGCCACCAUUCUCCAGAUCCAGAUGCAACACCAGCAAUACGUCGCUCAUAUCUCGGCGCAAUUCGAUGUCAUUAGCCAACAGCUGAAUGACCUUCGUGGAAGCUUAGUGGCCUCCCAUCAAGCUGCAGCCUCGGCACUCAGCUCCCGUGAUUCCUCCAUACGACCCAUCAUACCCCCGCCUCCUCCCCAAUUGUCGGGUUCUUCGUACCCUCGGGGACCGCCGAUUGCUUUGCAAACGCCAAGCCGCCCUGCUAGACCCCCAACUUCCCCAUCUACUUCUUCUCAGGCCGUUCAACACAGGCCGACUGCGCAAACACCGGGAUCUGCAGGGCCUCCUCAGUAUAAAUAUGGCACCGUCGGAACUGUGGAGGAAGUCUGGAAAGAGUAUCGAGAGGGAAUGGACGGGCAACCUGCCAUUGAGGAAUUAGACGCAGUAUGGGGUUCGCGCUGGCGACCGGAGCCGCGGGGCCGCACAUGGUACUCGAGACGAAAAGUUAUUUGGGAUAAGAUUAAAGAGUAUAUGUCGGAGGGAUUGGAUGAGGAAGAGGCGGUGAAAGAGGUCGAAAAGCUACGCGAUGGUAAUACUAUUAACAAACUGAUACGUAUGCUUCAAGAUGAACGGAAAGACAAAGGAGUUGGAGACGACAGCAUGGUCACCUAACUUGACGUUUAUGACCUACUUGAUUCGGGACCGGCGUUAUAUGGGGAGCGGCAUUGAUACCACGCAUCAUAUAUGAGGCUGCAUUUACGAGGCUGCUAGCAGAGAGGACCGCAGCGGCGGAAUCGGCGUACCAUCGUUGCCCAAGAGGAUA